UGCAAUUCCCUCUUUCCUUCUUGCUUUCAGACCCCGACUGGGCAUCCCACAGCCUGGGGAUCUUCAUCUGCUUGAACUGUUCAGGAAUCCAUCGCAAUAUUCCCCAGGUCAGCAAAGUGAAGUCAGUCCGUCUGGAUGACUGGGAUGAUGCUCAAGUGGAGUUUAUGGCCUCGAAUGGAAACAAUGUAGCAAAAGCAAAAUAUGAAUCUAAAAUGCCACCAUUUUAUUACAAGCCAACGUUUCUUGACUGUCAACUGCUGCGGGAACAGUGGAUCAGAGCCAAGUAUGAACGAAAAGAAUUCAUUCACAGUGAGAAGCAGGAGCCUUAUUCUGCAGGGUACCGGGAAGGAUUCCUGUGGAAGAGAGGACGUGACAACGGGCAGUUCCUAAGCCGGAAAUUUGUGUUAUCGGAGAGGGAAGGUGCUCUGAAGUAUUUCAACAAAAACGACGCAAAGGAACCCAAAGCAAUUAUGAAGAUUGAACAUCUAAAUGCAACUUUCCAGCCUGCAAAAAUCGGGAACCCACACGGACUGCAGAUCACCUACUUGAAGGACAAUAGCACAAGGAACAUCUUUGUCUAUCAUGAAGAUGGCAAG